AUGUGGGAGGCAGUUCAAUCGUCUGCGCUUACCAAGUAUGGCGUUUUAACUGCAGUGACAGUCGUCUUCCUAGUUCUGCUUCGAAAGUGGAUUGCAGGUGGAGUCUGCCGCAGUCAGACACGCUUGGAUGGAAAGACAGUGCUGAUUACUGGUGCCAACACUGGUAUUGGGAAGGAGACAGCAAAAGACAUGGCCUGCAGAGGAGCACGAGUGGUAAUGGCCUGCCGGGACCUGACCCGAGCAGAGAAUGCAGCUGCGGAAAUUCGUAAUUCCACUGGGAACGGGAAUGUGGUGGUGCGGCACUUAGACUUGGCUUCUCUCUACUCCGUGCGCCAGUUUGCCAAGGACUACAUCGUCAGCGAGGAGCGGCUGGACAUACUGAUCAAUAAUGCUGGUGUGAUGAUGUGUCCCAAAUGGCUCACAGAGGAUGGCUAUGAGACACAACUAGCUGUCAAUCACCUGGGACAUUUCCUGUUGACCAAUCUCCUUCUGGAUAAGUUAAAGAGCUGCACCCCCAGUCGGGUUGUGAACGUGUCCAGUAUAGCUCACAGAGGUGGAAAGAUCCACUUUGAUGAUCUCUGCUUCGACAAGAUGCCAUACAACUCUCUGGUUAGCUACCAACAGAGCAAGCUGGCAAAUGUGCUCUUCUCCAGGGAACUGGCACGUAGGUUGAAAGGAACUGGGGUCACGUCCUACAGCCUGCAUCCCGGUGUGAUCCGCACUGAGCUCAGCCGACACGUAGAGAGCUGGUUUCCGCUGCUGAGGACACUGCUGCUCGCACCCUCCAUUCUCCUAAUGAAGACCCCCAGAGAGGGCGCACAGACCUCCAUCUACUGUGCUGUGACCAAGGGGCUGGAGGAGAAGUCAGGCUGCUACUUCAGUGACUGUGCUGUGAAGGAGCCAGCUCCUGAGGGGAAAGACGAUCAGGUUGCACUGAGGCUGUGGGAGGUGAGCGCGCGGCUGGUGGGGCUUACUGAGGAGAACCGACCUACCGCGACCUCUCAAAUAUAG